AGUAUGAUGAUAAAUGUAGUUGAAUGAUCUCUCGUAACACAAAACAAGGCAUAAUGGAAGCUUAACAAAGAUCACAGUCUUAGAAAGAGGGAAAGGGUGGUAAAAUCGAAGGAAGAAGAAAAAGAAGAUAAAGAUGGAGAAUUAUUCAUACCAAUCAUACCCUGAUUCCGGCGACUCCUCUCCACGCUCCAGAGAGAUCGACUUUGACAACCCUCCUCCUCCAUGGGACGAACAACAACAACAACAGCAGAAUUACAAGGUAAAGUUCAUGUGCAGCUACGGCGGCAAGAUCCACCCACGCUCCCACGACAACCAACUGUCAUACGUCGGCGGCGAGACCAAGAUCCUCGCCGUGGACCGCUCCAUAAAGUUUGGAGCCCUGCUGGCCAAGCUCUCGGCCCUCUGCGAGGUGGCGCCACAAGAAAGCAACGGCAGCAGCCUCACCUUCAAGUACCAGCUCCCUGGCGAAGACCUCGACGCUCUUAUCUCUGUCACCAACGACGACGACCUCGACCACAUGAUGCACGAGUACGAUCGCCUCUACCGCGCUUCCGCUAGACCCGCCCGCAUGCGAUUAUUCCUCUUUCUCGCCGAUAAUCUUCCUUCUCCGCUUCCUGCUUCCGCACCGCUCCAACCUGUGAUUAAACCAAAUAACGUUGAUUUCCUCUUCGGUCUCGAGAAGGGCGCCGGUGUCGCCGUCGCGGCUCAGCCGGCUCAGAUGCCGCCUGCGGCGGUCAAAUUUCAUGAUCCGGUGCCGGAGCCCGUCGCGCCACCACCGGAGUACCAGUCUCGGCUGAAUUUAAACCCUGUGGACAGGGUUUCGGCCUCGGAUCCGAGUGCGAUUCAGCGCCAGUUGCAGCAGUUGCAAAUUGCGGAGAGCGAGCAAGGCGCGUACCGGAGGAAGAGCGAGGAUAAUUACCCUGCCGGUGAUUAUUACGUUCAGAAGCUGCCAGAGAAGUUCCCUCCGGCGAAUUUACAGCAGAACGCCCAGGGAUAUUGGUCGGAAAAGCAUGUUUCAGGCGAAGCAUAUCCACCGGCGGUGUCCGCUGCAUCCGGUGGAGGAGAUGCGCCGGUUUACAUGAUACCGGCGCCGGGGGCGUUCUAUCAUGCGCCGGUGGUGCGGCCUCCAGCCACCCAGGGGUACUACGCGGUGCAGCGAAUGGCUUCAGAUGGUUACCGUGAAGCGGCAGUGUACGGCGGUGUCACGCAGGCAAAAACGGCGGCUCAAGCAAGCUUGGCGCCAGGGCAGCAACCGGUUAAGACUCCCGCGUAUACGGAAGGAUUCGGUAUGAUGCGGCCCAGUGGGAUAGUGGAUAAUACGGGUGCGCCGUACGCACAGGUAGCGUACGAUAGUGCAGGUGGGAGACAGGUUUAUUAUACUGCACCGGGUGGCGUAGUGCACGCUCCUCCGUACCAAGGCGUUUUUCCACCGGUCACCUCUGAUCUGAGGCAAACUGCGGUGACCAUGGGUCAAGAUGUUAAAGUGUUGAACAAAGUUACUCAAGGUUCAGUGUGAUUAUUGAAAAAUAACGGUUCAGUGUGAUUAAUUACGGAUUAAGACUGUGCUUAUUGCUGAAUAUGCUUCUCUUUUUAUUUCUUUACUAUCUUUUGUUUGAAAUCCUAUUUAUGUAAUAGGAAUAAUAUUAUUAAGUUUUAUUUUUCGCCUUCUAUUUUUGUACACUAAGUAAUGUUAUAUAUUAUAAUGCUAUGUAAAAUUAAUCUGUCUUGAUUU